AUGCAACUCAAUACUCACAUCAUCCAUUUGGUCCUUAUGAUAGCCCAUAGCCUCGCAAUUCCAAACAUCUGGCCCCGUGCUGAUAUACCCCUUCCCGAUGGCAUGCCAAAUCCUAGUGAAGAGCAGCUAAAGAAAAUCCAGCUAAGAGCACAUGGCACUCUACCAAAUACGCCCCUCCCAUCAAAGAUCAGCAAGGACGGAAUCGCCAAUCUCCAACUGAUAGCGUUCAAUGAGCUGUUUGAAGUCGCCUUCUUCAACGAAUUACUGUUGAACAUCACGAAGAGCGUACCUGGUUAUCUGAUUCCAAAUCCCAAGAAACGAGAUUUCAUAAUAGAAUCCCUGGUAGCGAUACUCGCCCAAGAGGAACUCCACGCCUUAACCGCCAACCAAGGCCUCGAACACUUCAAAAUAGAACCAAUUGAACCAUGUCGCUAUCGUUUCCCCGUCUCAGAUUUCGACGCAGCCAUCGCUCUAGCAGUGACCUUCACCGACCUCAUCAUAGCCACAUUCCAAGACGUAACCGUGCGAUUCGCAGACAAUAGCGACGUCGACCUCACCCGAGUCAUCGCCGCGACAAUCGGCAACGAAGGAGAACAACAAGGCUGGUUCCGAGUCAACCAGGGCAAAAUCCCCAGCGAACUCCCGACGCUCACAACCGGCGAUGUCAAUUUCGCCUUCACGGCUGUUCAAGCCUUUAUCAUUCCAGGGUCCUGUCCUAAUUUAGAUGAUAUCGCGUUGACGACGUUUAAGCCGCUGGAUAUUCUGACGCCACCGGAGCCCAAGACACAAUUUAUUCUUGUCAGUUGGGAGUCUGAGUACAAGGUUAAGGGGGAUAAGCUGUGGUUGACUUAUAUGGAUCAGCUGAAUAUUCCCAUUGUGGAGGAGUUGAAGAUUGUCUCUACUAAGGAUGGCAAAAAGGUUAUCGCGAGGGCUCUCUUCCCAUACCAUGAGAAGCUGAUGAACGGGUUGACUAUCGCGGCUGUGACGAAGAGGGCUGGUCCCUUUGCUAGUGUAAAUGAUGUUGCUCAGGAGACGCUCUUUGGACCUGGCUUGAUUAUUGUUAAUUAG